AGUCAUAGAUGGUAGGAUCGUAUAGAUAGAUGUGCUAUCCCCGACAACAUACCAAAAUUUACGUAAUUUGGUCGGAUUAUUUGUUGACCACCAUAAACCAUACUAUUCAAAUUAAGGUGGGGAAUAAAAAAAAUGAAACUGUGACAAGGACACACAAUAAUGGCACUUUCUCUGCUACUCCUAUAGAAAGAUAAAUAAGACUAUCCCGUUCGGUCAUUUCUCCACCGCUCAUGCCCAGUUAUACUAGAUUUAUGCUUUUGUUAUAUUAUCGCUCAGUCUGUUUGGGCUUUAAAUGCACUGUAUGCGCAAAGUUGGCGCCACUGUCGCGCAAAACGUAGUGAUUAUAUUAUAUUAUUAUCUCUGGUGCAGUGCAACCGCAAGAGCAUAAAUAUUUUGUCUUUGGCUUUGUGUAAACAAUAGUUUGAAUCGGGUACCUCGUGUUUAUUUAAUUAAGAAAUGGUAUUCAGCAUAUUUAUUGCCUAACUAACGUAAGAUAUGUCGGGUUUCCUAGAUGUCAAAUAUCCCUUUAAGUCGAAUCUCGGCCUAAAUCCUUUUAAGACGUGGAAGAGACAAUGGUGCAUAUUGAGGCCGAGCCCGACGUGUGCGGGCGGCGGGUCGUUGGCGGUGUACUGCAGCGAGGCGGGGGCGUCGGCUGGGGCGGUGGAAUUGCCUCCAGACAGCGUGGUACGGCGGGCGAAGUCCCGUAGUCGGCCCUUCGCUUUUGCUGUGUUUUCGGUGCAGGAGCCGCACAAACCGCGCAUCCUGCUCGCGGCACAGACCCUGCAGGAUGCCCAGCUCUGGAUGGACAAGAUCAGAGCCCUCUUGGACGGCAAACAAUUACUGGGCUCCGUCCGCGACUCAUUCUCAGUGACCAUCAUGAGCAGCUCGCUGUCCCGCAAGCUCUUGCUGUGCGGCGACGGGCAGCUCACCAUCACCGCCGACGGGGUUGUCAUCGCCCGCUCUCACGCCAUACCUACGCUCGUACCGUGGAAACAUGUCACAGAUGUGCAGAGUGGUAGUGAUAAGAAUAGGAUUGUUGUCGGAGUUAAUAGGUUUGUGGUUUUUCUUGUGCACUUGGGCCCUCUGACUUUGUAUGGAAUCGGUGCGAUAUCAGUAUUACUAACAUUUAUAUCUUGUCAAAAACAGCGCGAUUUUAUACAUCAAGCGAUAUACAAAGUCGCUGCAGAACCUGUUAGACGUGCGGAUAUUAAAAUGACAGUCCUUUUGGACCGAUUUUACUACCAAAUCUCGCACCAGCCCCUAUCGGGCCAGCCGCACUUGUCCCUAUGCCACUCGUAUUCUGGUUUCCAUAAUGGCGGUUCGCUGACGCUGUCCAGCCCGCUGGCUAUAGAAAUAGCGACAGCGCUUAAUAGAGACUCCGCAGGCCGAGCGAAGAACAACAAACGGCUGAGUAGGAGCGAGGGAGACUUGCGGGCUACUUCUGACGGAGACUUAGGCGAUACUCGACGCAGCAGUUGGUCUACUAGCGGACCAGCGGAGGUGGCGCUCGACGAUACUGAUCUAGUCAUGAUGAAGGAAGCGCCUGGACAGGUGCAGUUAUCUCGUUGCGCGGCGGCGGGGCACCUGGCGUCGCCGGCGCCGCGGCGCGUGGCGCGGCUGCAGGCGCACGCCGGGGACGACGGGUAUGCCUGGCUCUUUGGGUGCCCGCUUGCCAGUCGGCAUCGGCCUCCUCCUGCCUUCUCCAUUCGUUCCUGUCUCUGGCAACCCUGCUCCAUGUCUUCCAAACCUGACCACCAAAAUACACUCCUAACGCUGCCUGUAAAUAUUUCUUUAAAGAUAAUUUAUUUCUCUUACAGUAUGUCGGACCGCCGCUCCCUGCUGUCCGUGGCGUCCGGCAUCUACGAGGAGAUCCCCGAGCUGCCCGACCAGCUCUACACCAAGAUGUCCCGCGACCAGCCCGCCGGGCCCGCGCCCAGCGGGACUAACAGUGACAAGUGCAGUGUGAAGUGUGCGACUAGUGUGGAACGUGUGUUGAGGCUGGAGGAGCCCACGUACGAGUCGGUGGCGGAGUGUGUGUAUGCUACAAUGAGGAGGACCGGGAAGAAGUACCCGCCGCCGCUGCCGCCAAGGUUGCCGUUCGGCACAAUGAAGCUUGGUGAAUCCUGGAAUUCUCGCAUCAAUACCGGGGAUGCCGUGACGCGGCACAGCUCGCUGGGCUCCCUGCCGCGCUGCUGCAGCGUCAGCUCCACCUCCUCCGACUCUAAGACCAAGACCCUGCCCAAAGGAACCCGUCAGGUAUGUAUGCAUGACCCUGGAACAUCAACACUGGGCCUCGAGCACAGCUCGCUGGGCUCCCUGCCGCGCUGCUGCAGCGUCAGCUCCACCUACUCUGACUCCAAGACCAAGACGCUGCCCAAAGGAACCCGUCAGGUAUGUAUGCAUGACCCUGGAACAUCAACACUGGGCCUCGAGCACAGCUCGCUGGGCUCCCUGCCGCGCUGCUGCAGCGUCAGCUCCACCUACUCUGACUCCAAGACCAAGACGCUGCCCAAAGGAACCCGUCAGGUAUGUAUGCAUGACCCUGGAACAUCAACACUGGGCCUCGAGCACAGCUCGCUGGGCUCCCUGCCGCGCUGCUGCAGCGUCAGCUCCACCUACUCUGACUCCAAGACCAAGACGCUGCCCAAAGGAACCCGUCAGGUAUGUAUGCAUGACCCUGGAACAUCAACACUGGGCCUCGAGCACAGCUCGCUGGGCUCCCUGCCGCGCUGCUGCAGCGUCAGCUCCACCUCCUCCGACUCUAAGACCAAGACCCUGCCCAAAGGAACCCGUCAGGUAUGUAUGCAUCACCCUGGAACAUCAACACUGGGCUUCGAGCACAGCUCGCUGGGCUCCCUGCCGCGCUGCUGCAGCGUCAGCUCCACCUACUCUGACUCCAAGACCAAGACGCUGCCCAAAGGAACCCGUCAGGUAUGUAUGCAUGACCCUGGAACAUCAACACUGGGCCUCGAGCACAGCUCGCUGGGCUCCCUGCCGCGCUGCUGCAGCGUCAGCUCCACCUCCUCCGACUCUAAGACCAAGACCCUGCCCAAAGGAACCCGUCAGGUAUGUAUGCAUGACCCUGGAACAUCAACACUGGGCCUCGAGCACAGCUCGCUGGGCUCCCUGCCGCGCUGCUGCAGCGUCAGCUCCACCUACUCUGACUCCAAGACCAAGACGCUGCCCAAAGGAACCCGUCAGGUAUGUAUGCAUGACCCUGGAACAUCAACACUGGGCCUCGAGCACAGCUCGCUGGGCUCCCUGCCGCGCUGUUGCAGCGUCAGCUCCACCUACUCUGACUCCAAGACCAAGACGCUGCCCAAAGGAACCCGUCAGGUAUGUAUGCAUGACCCUGGAACAUCAACACUGGGCCUCGAGCACAGCUCGCUGGGCUCCCUGCCGCGCUGCUGCAGCGUCAGCUCCACCUACUCUGACUCCAAGACCAAGACGCUGCCCAAAGGAACCCGUCAGGUAUGUAUGCAUGACCCUGGAACAUCAACACUGGGCCUCGAGCACAGCUCGCUGGGCUCCCUGCCGCGCUGCUGCAGCGUCAGCUCCACCUACUCUGACUCCAAGACCAAGACGCUGCCCAAAGGAACCCGUCAGGUAUGUAUGCAUGACCCUGGAACAUCAACACUGGGCCUCGAGCACAGCUCGCUGGGCUCCCUGCCGCGCUGCUGCAGCGUCAGCUCCACCUACUCUGACUCCAAGACCAAGACGCUGCCCAAAGGAACCCGUCAGGUAUGUAUGCAUGACCCUGGAACAUCAACACUGGGCCUCGAGCACAGCUCGCUGGGCUCCCUGCCGCGCUGCUGCAGCGUCAGCUCCACCUCCUCCGACUCUAAGACCAAGACCCUGCCCAAAGGAACCCGUCAGGUAUGUAUGCAUCACCCUGGAACAUCAACACUGGGCCUCGAGCACAGCUCGCUGGGCUCCCUGCCGCGCUGCUGCAGCGUCAGCUCCACCUACUCUGACUCCAAGACCAAGACGCUGCCCAAAGGAACCCGUCAGGUAUGUAUGCAUGACCCUGGAACAUCAACACUGGGCCUCGAGCACAGCUCGCUGGGCUCCCUGCCGCGCUGCUGCAGCGUCAGCUCCACCUCCUCCGACUCUAAGACCAAGACCCUGCCCAAAGGAACCCGUCAGGCCUUCAGCGUGUUCCGGAAGCGCCUCAAGAGCGACUCCCGCAUCAUGUCUCCGAAGUCAGAAACCGCCAAAGAAAACAAAGACGUCGAAACCAAGAAAAAGAAGUUCGACUUCACCCCAACCCGGGACAUCUUCAAAAACUUCAAAGUCAGCAGGAAGAUGAAAAACUUAAAAAUCGCCCCGGGGAGCUUAUCCAAAGUCGGUGAGACCAAAAGCUGUGAGUUUUUGGAUGAGACGGAGCAUGUUACUACCGCUCGCUGCUCAAAAUCAGUCGAAUGUCUCGAACCUAACGAUGAGUUUGAUGAUUUCGAUGCAGAUCUAUCUUUAGAAUUCAACGACGAUUCCAUAUCCUCUCUCACCUUGCCUCAGGAGAUCGUAGACUUGAUAUUGCGCAGUGAGCAUAUAAAUAAGAUUCGUCUAAAACAUCAGAUGAGUGAGAGCGACUACAUGCCGAUGUCUCCGAUCUGUCCGCCGGCGCCCAUCGAGCACCACUACAUCGCCAUGUCGCCGAGCACCAAUCUCGCUUGAACACUGAUUUGUUAGCCCUGAAUCAAUUACCAUAUCUUGUAUGAAAAAUCGUGAACUACAGUGUCAUAUAUUUUGGUCAUAUUUGUCUACGUGACACCGUGCGCGUGGCGUUAAAAAGUAACACUUAUUUUUUCACGUGGAUAAAGUUAUCCAUUAUACACCUGUACCUUUUCACACUUGUUUAUAUACCUAAACAGAUUUUUCGUCUUUUAACGCCAGAUAUAGUCAACCUAGUUAUGUUAUCCCACCUUUUAUAAAAUUAUAUUCAUUAUAAUUUAUGUCAUUCUAAAGGAGGACAAUGACAAAUGUUUGUUAAGUAUACAGUAGGCGCUCGGUAAUCCGGCGCUCGCCAAUCCGGCAGUUAGUGUUUAAAUGGCCCGCUCUAAAAUCGAAGUUUACACAACCUAACGCCGGAGUACAGUACCCCUAGUUUAAAUAUUUUCGACAGUGAAACGUGACGUACGCGUUUGCGUUAAGUGUCAUUUUGUAUGAGAUUUUUGACUUUCCAAAACGUCCCGCUUGGCGCGCUGUUCAAAAACCCAUACAAAAUAAGACUUAACGCAAACGCGUACGUCACGUUUCGCUAUCGACUAAAAUUACACUAGGGGUACUGAACGCUUACAUUGUUCGGUAGUGCCAUGUAUUUGUUUUAAUAAGGCAAAAGGGGAAAUACCGGGCGCCAAAUUACCAAGCGCCUACUGUAGAUGAAAAAUGUAGUUUAAUAGUCAAAAAAAUUCUUUAGCUUUUGUACAAUAUAUGUUGAUUCAGGGUUAAAAUGUAGGCAGACGUAGCUAGUAUCGCUAGCUCAGGUACGUGAUAUUUUUUAACACUUACUGUUAGAAUUACGAGGUGGUAUUAGAGUGAUCUCAUUUUAGAGUCAAACGGUGAUGGUAGUCUGACGGUAUGCUGAACAAUUGUAAACCUUAUUAUAAUGAUAUAAGCGUUUAUAUUGCUCACUAAAGUGUGCCUUCGUUUAUGACGACUGUUCGGGCAGCUAUUUGAGUUUAGAAUAAACGCGGCCAGUUAGGCUUAAAAUAUUAAUAAUCGUAGUAUAAGGCUGCUUCACUGUAGUUAAGGUUUCUUAAUAUUUAAUAUUUUGGUCCAAAUUACACAGGUAAAAAGGUUCUGACCACAGCAGGAGCGAUGGUUGAUAUUAACUUGACUGUUCCGAGUUGUACUCGGAUCCUUUUAGACAAUAGGGUUAUUUCCAUCUACAAAUCUUAGGGCAGAAUUGUAUCCCAAUAAAUUCUUUUGGAUUAUAAGAACAUGUUAAACUACUUUUAGGGGACCUGUAAUGACCAUAUUUUUGUAAAUAUUGAAUUUAAAAUAUCUUUUGGCACACGUCACGUGGCCAAACUCAAAACGUCUUUGAAGAUUCUGAUGACGUCACAACUCUCGGAUUGACACUGUUGACAGUUAGGCGAUAAACAACAAAUGACAAGUGUCAGUUGACAGUUCGUAUCUUCUACGUGUGUAUGUAAUUAUGUGUCAAACCGUAAACUGUGACGUCACACAAUUUUCAAAGAGUGUUUUGGGAGCGAUAGCAUCUGUCAAAAUAUAUUUUGUUAAUUUAACAUAUUUAAAGCCGUUUCUAGUAUAAAAGUUGAAUUUUAGGGUAACUUUUAGUUAAUAUAGAACGUAAUACAA